AUGGGGGGGGGGGUGGGGUUUGGAGGGGGUGGGGAGGUGUCUGGGGUAGAUAGGGGGGAGGAGGUUUUUGGGUAUUGGUUGGGUGGUGGGGGGGGAAGAGUGUAUUGUAAGGGAGAAGAUGGUGGAGGUGGGGGGGGGGGACUGUGGGGGGGGGAUAGUUAUGGAUAUGGGUGGGGGGGUAAGGGGGGGGAGGUAAAUGUGGGGUGUAGGGUAUAA